AUGCUUGUCCUCAACAGUUUUUGUCGGUUAAUCAUCACCCAGUCGAUAUCACUUCAACCCAGGAUUAGGAAAUUAUUUAUUCAAGUCCAAGAAACUCCCAAUCCUAACAGCUUAAAAUAUUUCCCUGGUAAACCUGUACUAGGUUCUGGUACUAGAGAUUUUCCAUCUUGCACACAAUCCACGUCUUCCCCAUUGGCUAGACAGUUGUUUCGAAUCGAAGGAGUUGAACGAGUCUUCUUUGGUCCUGAUUUCAUCACGAUUACUAAGAAUGACGACUUUGAAUGGGCUGUGAUAAAACCUGAUGUAUAUGCAACUAUAAUGGAUUUCUACAGUUCUGGACAACCUGUUGUCAGUGAAGAAAAAGCACAAGACUUGAAUAAAACCUGUGAUGAAGAAGAUGAAACGGUAUUAAUGAUAAAAGAACUACUGGAUACCCGAAUAAGACCCACUGUUCAAGAAGACGGCGGUGAUAUUAUUUUUAAGGAUUUUAAAGAUGGUAUAGUGCGAUUAAAACUACAAGGAUCUUGCUCAAGUUGUCCUAGUUCCGUAGUUACUUUGAAAAAUGGUGUACAGAAUAUGCUUCAGUUCUAUAUACCAGACGUAUUAGGCGUCGAACAAGUUGAAGAUGAAUUAGAUGUGGUAUCUAAAGAACAGUUUGACAAAUUAGAGCAGAACAUACAUAAUAAAGAGAAAAGUGAAUGA